UAUGGCCCUCUCAUAGCCCACAACAACAUUUCUAGAGAGAGAGAGAAAGACGGCCCCUCUCCUCUCCCUCUGGUCUAUGAGUCUACAGUUACGGAGACUAGAGAGUUGCUGCUGUCCAAGGCUCUCCAUAUCUGUUCUAGUGUGUGACUGUGUUUUUUUUUAUGGAAAAAAGUUGUCAUUCCUCCUCUAGUGGCGCGGCUGGUGGCGGUGACUCUUCGAUUACCACCGCCAGUAGUGCUGCUACUACUACAACUUCCAGUAGUCUCACCACCACCAUUAGUAGCAGCAGCAACAACAACAACAGCAACAAUACAAAUAACCGAGAUGUUUAUCUGAAACAUCUCAACAAAAUCUCACAUAAAAUCUCCAAACCCAUUCGUCGGCCUCCCGUGUUUGAUCAGAAUAAUCAGGAAAUUUCAGCACCGCCACCACCACAAGUGCCGCCGCCGCCUGCUGCUCAAUCACAACAAUCCCAGCAACAGCAGCAGCAUCAGCCGCCCGUGUAUAAUAUUAACAAGAAUGACUUCCGUGACGUCGUUCAGCGUCUCACGGGCUCUCCAGCUCACGAGCGGUUUUCGACUCCUCCUCCUAUACAGCCACCGAAGCCCCCCAGCUCACGGCUGCAGCGGAUCCGCCCUCCUCCCCUCGCCCAGAUUAGCAACCGCCCUCCUCCCUUGCCUCAGAUUAAUAACCCGAUGACCUGUGGUAAUCCCACCGGAGGAGGAGGUUCAGCGUCAGCGGCGGGGUUCCUCAUCGGUCAACGGCAGCCUUUGUCUCCUCUUCCUCCGUUCCCGGCUGUGCAUGCGGCGGCGGAGUCUCCGAUCUCCGCUUACAUGCGGUUUCUCCAGAGCUCGGUCUCCUCGGCUGCUUCUCCCAAGUGGAACAACCUUCCGCCGCCGCAGAUGCCGCCGCCGCCACCGGCGCUGCAUCAGCAGCAGCAGAACAUUCCUCCGCCGCCGCAGGGUUUUCCUCAGUUCCCGGUGCUUCCACCGACUUCGCCGCUGGCUUUUGGAUGUAUCCCGUCGCCGAGGUCGCCCUACGCUUUACUGUCCCCGAGCUUGCUAUUUUCGCCGACAGGUCUAGGUUUUCCGCAGCUGCCGUUGUCUCCUUCGCUGCCGGUGCCGAGCCCGAGAUGGAAGGGUAUUUGAGGAAAAUUGACAAAAAGGGGAGUCAAAAGGUAUCAUUUUGGAGAAUUUUGUUCUUUUUGGGAGUUACAACUAUUUUGUUAUAAAGGUUAUAGGGUCAAAAAUGUAAUAUUGGCAUGUACAUGGUGGUGGGGGAGGGGGGGGGCGGCGUAUGGUCUGUAUCAAAAGCAGGAGUGCAAAGAUGCGGUAGUAGCUGGCAGUGGUGACUGGUUCAUUUAGAUUUUGUUUUGUACAUGAAUGGUGAAGGUAGUCAAAGAUUACUUCAAAAAAUUUGUCUUUCAUUUGAAUUUUAUAGGGAUUGUUCUUUACAUCUUUGAAGAUCAUUUGUUCAUAUGUUAACAUUUGUGAAAUUUGCAGGCUUUUUUGUUUGUUUUUCAUACGUUGAAUGUAGUUUUAAUUUCUGAUCAGCUCUAUAGAGAGUAUAAUAUAUGUGUUCUCUUGAGGGGAUUAAUGAGAGUAUUGCAUUUCCCUGGUAACAUAUGGAAGUCUUUGCACCAGUUGAGCUGGAAUUUCUUCAGUUUGAUGCUUGGUUGAUGAUAUCAGAUGGUUUUACAUUGAUCAGAGGCAUAAGUAUUAGAAAAAGAUGAUACGAGUUUUGGAGGAAAGGGUGGAUCUUUCUUAUGUGGGAUGAUACGAUAUUAGUACUUAUAUGUAAGUUCAGAAUUAUCAUUUAUGGGGCACAAUUGCCUGCCCUUUCACAUCAAAAUUUUGCAUCAUUUAGUAAUAGCAAUUGCAAAAUGGUAUGACCUUUUAGGCUUUUAGCCUUUGUAUAAUUGUGAGGAGCUCUAUUCCUUAAUGUUACCGGGUAAACUUACUGUUGCAGAUGAUGGUUUCACAAUUUGGAACAAUCAGCUUGUGUCAUUUCGGUUAUAAGUUCUUUUUUCUUUUUGGAUAACAAUAUUGACGCUUCUUUAGUUAGCUGCAUGUAUUGUUAGUGGAUGAGAGGUUAUUGUUAGAGAGACUGUGAUGACUUCCUGAAAUAUCCUCUCUCACACGCUUCCCUGCCUACUUGGCCAAAACGGGAAUACCCCCUUUGGAGGUUAAUUUUUUGGCUUUUGCUUGAUCUGUGGAUGGCAGACCAAGAUAAGAUGAUUUUUGUUUGAUCAGGCUACCAGGUAUGUGCUUCUUGACAACAAAUUAUAAUCCCGGUACAGGAAGAGAAAUGUUCCUCAGCCUUUUGUUACUCUUCAUGCUUUGGAGAGGGCAAAAACAAGCAGUUGAAGUGGUUGCAAACUCUUUUCUGAAUGCUUCCCACUCCAUUGUUCGUACCACCUCAGUUAUGUCUUAGCUGAGCUGACCGAGUGUUUUUAUUAUCUGCUGGUAUAUACAGCGAUUAGAUGAGCAUGUAGUGCUGUCUCCGUGGAUACAAUCUUGUGAAGUUCUGAUGAUAGUUAGCUAUCAGUGUAGAUCCUGAUGCAUUUUAAUGUUGACAUUUGGGGCUUAGUUCAAAACCCAUGUGCUACUCCUGGAGAAGUUACCAUCUGCGGCAUCUCUCCUAAUGGAGAAUGUGGUAUAAACAAAUGGAUUUUGUAUGAAUCCAGCUUAUUUUUUUGCUUUGAACACACACAGGCUGCGACCUUGGUUUGCACUUAGAAAAGGUAAGAGUUCUUUGGGAAAAGUUGCAUCGUUACUUUGUAUUUUAUUACAAGUUGAACUUCCCGUGAACCCUUUAUGAUCAAAGAUUAUGGCUUCGUGGCCUAAGGUGGUGGUUGUGUGUCAUUGACCAGCCAGCCUUAUGGAGAAGUUGCAGCUUCAGUUCUGAUCCUGCUUUUCAUUGUUAUAAAUUCGCAACUUCCACUUGCUUUCAGCCGUCAUUCUGUCUUUGGUUUCACAAUAUAUGAAGUUCUCUACCUGGCUAAUUACUUAGAAAAGUGCAUUUGCAAAAUUUCGUUCUAUUGAAGUAGAAAUUCUGUCUUCUGUUGCCCAGCUUGACAUUUGGUGGUGGUGAUGAUAUUCAUACUUCUGUAGGAGUAUGAAAUUUUCUUGCUUAGGUGAUGGUUAGUAUUGCUACCAGUCAAAGGAGUCGUCCUCAAGAGCGUCUUGUAAGAAUCAGACAUAACUUUCUUUUUCCUCAUCAUAGUGGACACAACUGCAGGUUUCGGAUGUGAGAAUUUCUCCAUUUUGAGUGCCUUUGCAACGAACAUUGGCAGCAUCCUAUGGCUGGAAUCUUGAGACAUUUCAAGGAAGAAGGAAUAUGCUUCUUUCCCCAAUGAUUAAAACGAGAAGUUUCAGAACCUGAGACUCUUUUGGUCAGGCCUUGUCCUGGUCAUUCUUUUUCUUGUUAUUCCUGUGGUUCAUGUGAUUUGUUUAUCCGUCAAAGUAGGUUAACAUUAGUCUUUUUCAGCUUCAUAAUAAGUAGAGGGAUUGGUUGGAGAAGAGUAAAAUGGAAGAAAGGAAGAGUACUAAUGCCAUUUUAAUGCGAUUUUAAUUCUUUAUAACGUA